UCCUUGCCCAUGGUCAAGCCUGUUUCUGCUUAAUGUUUUAUAUAUAUAUCUUAUUCAUGCUUUUUUUUCACUCUUGAUGUAUGUUUAAUCAAAAUUUAUGCCUUCCAAUUUGUGAUGAGUUUUCCUUUGACCAAUUCAAAUUACAAUUUUAUGUUCAUUUGAGUUUUCACUCAUCUUAUUAGCAAAAUAGAGGUUGUUUAAACAUCUUUCGGAGUUAAUCAGGUGCGCAAUUGAAUUUGUCGUUCUGCUUUUCUUGAGAAGGAUGCGGAUGGAGAUGGUUUGAGAUUUCCCUUAUCACAAUUUAAAGUAAUUGAUUGAAGUGAAUUGACAUAUUCAAUUGGAUUGUUUUAUAUGUCAAUAGGUUUUAUUACAAUUUUUGAUUUUUGAUUUUUGAUUUAGUUUCUGAAUUAAUUGGGUAAUCUGGUUUACUAGUAAAGAUAAAGUAAUCAUGUCUUAUGAUGAGGAUAAUAACCCCUUUUCCGAGGGGAUUUCCACCUUAAAUAUCAACUCGAUUCAAAAUUACAAUCAAACUAUAACCAGUGAUGACGAGGGAAUGGAAAGCGAUCAAUUCGUUGAUUUGCCUAUAACAUCGGGGCCAUCUUCUCCCAAGAGAGGAUUGACCAUAAUAGAUAAGAUUAAUAACAAGUACAAUGAUUAUAACGAUAAUAAUGAUAAUGAGGUUGAUGGUGGUGAUAGCAAUAAAGGCAAGAUAAAUGCACCAAUGGGAUAUAAUUCAAGGGUUGAAAAUGUUUUGAAAAAUUCUAAAAGCUUGUGUAUUCAAAUACUUGAUGCACAUAAGAGCAAUGAAGACCAUUCACGAGGGUAUAUCGUUUAUACUAUUCAAUGCAAUGAGUUGAUUGUGAAGAGGCGAUAUUCCGAAUUUGAGUCAUUAAGGGUGACAUUGGUUCGCUUGUUUCCAUAUUUAAUAAUUCCACCUAUUCCAGAGAAGGAGACAGUGACAGAUUACGUAUCAGCCUCGUCGAUAACUUCGACUAUCCGAUCAACAGCAAAGAGCAAUUUGAAUAGCAGUGGAUUUAAUAACAAUGGGGGUAAUUUGAAUGGGAAUAGUGUGACCAGUAUUCAUCACAGUGAUAAAGAUGAUAGUAAUGAUAUUAAUGGGAAUAGUAAUAGUGAGAAUGGAGAUACGAAUAAUAGCACUAAUGCUAAUAAUAGUGGGAAUGGGAAUGGGAGUAAUUUCGAAAUGAAUCAGAAUGAGUUGAUUGAGCAUCGAAAACGGAUGUUGAAUGUUUUUUUGAAUCGGUGUAUUAAGAUUAAGAAAAUAUUGAAUUGUAUCAUAUUUCAGCGCUUUCUAGACUCGAAUUCCAAUUGGAACGAGGUAUUGCUAAUGGAUAUAGUUAUUAAUAUUCCCAAAAACCGAUUGAAAAGCAAUCCUAUUAAUCCUGAAUUGUCGACAAAUUUGCAUAGUUAUUUGCCUAUUCCAUCAACAUUGAAUAAGAUUAAUCCUGUUACUAGCAAUAUAUCCACGGCUAAUUCUAAUGUGGUGAAGGGAAAGUCAAAGGAUGAAAAUGAGGAUGAAGAAGAUCAAUAUGAAAAUGGAAAUGGCAAUGGAAAUGAGAAUGAAAAUGAAAGUGUGACUGUAAAUUUUAGUAAUAAUAAUAAUAAUAAUAAUAAUAAUGAUAAUGAUGACGAUGAUGAUAAUGAAAAAGAUAACGAUGAUAGCGAUAAGUUGUUGAAGUAUUUAAAUUUUGAUAAGAUUGAGAACAAUUCGAGGGAGUACGAGAGUUUAAUUUGCAAUGGGAUAGAAAAGAGUAAUAAAAAGAUAUUGAAGAUAUUUGAGGAUAUUACGGUGUUAUUGAAUGAGUUAUCCACGUUAUACAAUUCAUUUUCAUUGAUAUUGUUGGAGGAUAAUAUUGGGGUUGAUAGUAUUGAGGGGAAAAGCGAGCAGAAGAAUAAGAAUCAGGAUAACGAUAAGUUAGUUGAGAGAAUUUCAUCGAUUUAUGAAUUGAAGUAUCUCAAUUUUAAGAAUAAUUUGAUCAUUAAAUUUUAUUUGAAUUUCCAAGAACCGUUGCAGGAAUUGUUACAGUUUAGUACGAUUGUGAAAGAAUUGAUCAAAUUUCGAUAUAAAAAGUUUUUGCAGAUUGGGAUUAUUAAACAAAAUUUGAAUUCCAAGAAGGAGCUGUUGAGUAAUUUGAACAAUCUUGAAAAGGAGAGUAAGAGAAUCAACGAGUUUAUCUCGAGAGAAGAUAGAAAAAUAGAAGGGAGCAGAAUGAGUUUCGAUAGAAGUAGAAAUACGACAAAACGAAACAGCCAAGAUUUAUCGAGGUCGAUUAGUACCAGAAAUAGUGCUAGCAAAGAUAGUGAUGGUGAUAAAAAAUUGGCGAAAUCCACGCCAAAUUUGUGGAAAGGAUUUCGAUAUAAAAGUAAUUACGACGGGUAUAAUGAAGGAGAUGAUGAAUCGCUAAGGGACUAUUCCAAGAGUAUUCCACCACAAAACCAUUCAUUAACGUCGUCAAAGUUUGGGCUAGGAGGAGCGUUGAAGAACCUCAGCAAUGUGUUCAAAGAGAAGGUGUACGAUGCAAAUCCCGAAAGGACUCGAUCGAAGAAUAUAUUGAGAUUGAAGUUUGAGGUUGAAAAUCUCGAAAACUUGUUGAAGCUAGCCAGCCACGAGUUUGCGUUGUUGAACGAGAGAAUAGUGGUGGAGUUGGUGAACUACGAAAAGAACUUCAAGAAGAUCGAGUUCAAGAAGAUCUUGUUGAACUACACUAAGCUACUCGUGGAGUGGUUUAAGAGCGACUUGGAGAACUGGGAGGAGUUGAAGAGCGAGUUGCAGGAGUAGACGUAGAGUGAGUAGCACCGAAUACACAGGCAGCAGAAGCAGCACAAACAGCACAAACAGCACAAACAGCACA